AUGACGACGGUGCAGAAGAUCAAAGAGAUCGAAGAUGAGAUGAACAAGACGCAGAAGAACAAGGCAACGUCGUACCAUUUGGGACAGCUGCGAGCCAAGCUGGCCAAGCUAAAACGCGAGCUCAUCACCCCAUCGGGCGGCGGAGGCGGUGGUCCGGGCAUUGGGUUCGAUGUUGCCAAGACCGGUGUGGCGUCGGUAGGGUUCGUCGGGUUCCCCUCGGUGGGCAAGUCGACGUUGAUGUCUGGGUUGACGGGGACACAGUCCGAGGCGGCAGCGUACGAGUUCACAACUUUGACGUCGGUACCGGGAACAAUGAAGGUACACGGCGCGCCAAUUCAGAUUAUCGACUUGCCCGGUAUCAUUGAGGGCGCCAAGGACGGUAAAGGUCGUGGUAGGCAAGUCAUCGCGGUGGCACGAACGUGCAACUUGAUCUUCAUCGUGCUUGACGUCGGCAAACCGCUCAAGGACAAGGCAAUCAUCGAAAACGAGCUGGAAGGAUUCGGGAUUCGUCUCAACAAGAAGCCUCCCAACAUCGUCGUGCGCAAAAAGGAAAAGGGAGGCAUCGCCAUCACCAACACUGUGCCUCUGACCAAGCUCGACCACGACGAGGUCAAAGCCGUGCUCAGCGAGUACCGCAUCAGCAACGCCGACGUCUCGUUCCGUCAAGACGCCAACAUCGAGGAGCUCAUCGACGUCAUUGAGGGCAACCGCAUCUACGUCCCCGCCAUCUACGUACUCAACAAGAUCGACUCGAUCAGCAUCGAAGAGCUCGAUCUGCUCUACAAGAUCCCCAACUCGGUGCCGAUCUCUUCCCAGCACUGGUGGAAUGUGGAUGACGAGCUGGUGGAGAAGAUGUGGCACGAACUUUCGUUGGUGAGGGUGUAUACCAAGCCAAAGAAGGCCUCGCCGGACUACACGUCGCCUGUGGUGCUCAAGACGGGCAGGAGCACCGUCGAGGACUUCUGUAACGCUAUCCACAAGGACAUCAUCAAACAGUUCAAAUUCGCCAUGGUUUACGGCGCCUCUGCGAAGCACCCGAAAGGCCAGCGUGUCGGCGCCGACCAUGUUCUGGCCGACGAGGACGUAGUCACCAUCUUCAAAAAGUAA